AUGGUCACCGAAACCUGGCUGAGCACGGAAAUCGCGGAUGCCGAGAUUGCGUUACCUGGCGUGCAUUCCUUACGAAAAGAUCGGCCUAGCAUAGGAGGCGGAUUGCUUUUGCAUUCUCGAUCCGACCUACAUGUAGAGAUCAUUGAUGACUCAGAAGCAAACAUCAACGAUUCUCUUUGGUGUCGUAUGCACCUGAGACGUGGCGAUGUGUGUUUGCUAGCAAUAGUUUACCGUCCUUCAAUGUCUACCUUGGAAAUGGAUCAAGGCCUUGCUGCUGCGAUGAAACGAGCAUUGACACGUCCACACAGUCACGUUCUUCUGGUGGGGGACUUCAAUCUGCACGCACUCGAAGUUCCAGCAUCGCCCAGCGAACAGUUCAAGGCUGGUUUGCAAAAACUGAUUACCGAUGUACCACUGUAUAACAAUGUCACCUCCCCCACUCGUUUCAGAACGGGUGGCACCCCCUCUGUCUUGGACCUUGUGCUCACCAACGAGGAACUAAUGAUUGACACCGUUACCAUAGCUACACCACUAGGUCGUAGUGAUCACGCGACGUUGCACUUUCGUUACAUCUGUUAUUCGGAGUACGUUAGAGAGAACGACGAGGAAACGUAUAUGGUUACACAUUACGACAUCUUGUCUAACCUUGUUCAAGACAUCAACUGGUCCUUCCUGACCGAGAAUCCGCCCGAUGAGGCUUGGAUGGUGUUUGUCACCAAAUUCACUGAGCUAGUGGCAAAUGCAUCAGAACGCAAGGCCUUUCGCCCGAAGCUAGUGGAUUCCUUCCUAAGAAGUCGUACGAGAAAAUCUAUGGCCUUAAUGGAUUCGGCCUGGCACGCUUACAAAGUUUGCCCAAGUAAUCUGACCUGGGGAGUCUACACAACUCAACGAAACCACUGCGUCAAGUUGAUUCGCGAAGACAAACUCCAGCACCAACAGAACUUAGCGGCGAAAUUCAGCAAAAAUCCAAAGCUGUUGUAUAGACAUAUCAACAAACUCCGUAGAGUGCAGCGCGGGAUCCCGGUCUUGCGUGCAACAGAUGGUCAUGCGCAAACUGCACAGGACACGGCCAAUGUGUUUCGUCAACCCUUCCUCCAUACUUUCCGGAGUGAAUCAUCCCUUCACCCGAUUUUGAAAGAACUCUCACUGUUCCCAGGUUUACACAACGUAUCGUUCACGGCAACCAAUGUGUUGAAAACGAUAAUGUCGUUGCGUGUGCACAGCUCGCCAGGCGUAGACGAUAUUUAA